AUGAAAAGCAUUAGUGCCACAAACCCUGAUGACUAUUUCCUGGUAUUUGGAGCCUAUCAACUAUCAAAUCUCUCAACUGAUAAGGUAGUCAGAGAUGUGAACAGGAUUAUUCUUCAUUAUGACUACAUUGGUACCUAUGACUCCAGCGGGGAUAUUGCUUUACUUCAACUCUCGUCCCCUAUGGAAUUCACCAACAACAUCCUCCCUAUUUGUCUGCCAGAGUCAUCUGCAGAAUUCUAUGCAAACACCAAUUGCUGGGUGACAGGAUGGGGAAAUACACAAACUGAUGUGCCAUUAGAGUACCCAAUGACUCUCCAGGAAGUGAACCUGCCUCUCAUCAAAUGGGAAACCUGCAACAUUUAUUAUAAUAAGAAUCUAAUCCAAGGCCAGAGCCAGAAUCCCGUGAAGGCUGAUAUGCUCUGUGCUGGUUAUGAAAUAGGUGGGAAGGAUUCCUGCCAGGGUGAUUCUGGAGGACCUUUGGUUUGCAAAGUACAAGGAAGCUGGUUCCAAGCUGGAAUUGUGAGUUGGGGACGAGGCUGUGCCCUGCACAACUACCCUGGUGUCUACACAUCAGUGCCUUACUACACAAAGUGGAUCAGUGCUACUUUGGAGGGGAUUUGCGGGCAACCACUGAUCCCCGGACGGAUUGUUGGGGGUCAUGCAGCCGCAAACGGGGCAUGGCCUUGGCAAGUCAGCGUUUUACAUUUUGAUGGUCAUAUAUGUGGAGGCUCUCUCAUAAACAAUGAAUGGGUGUUGUCAGCAGCUCAUUGCUUCUAUAAAGCAGAAUUUCCUGGCUUUUAUAUGCUGGUAUUUGGAGCCUAUCAACUAUCAAAUCUCUCAACUGAUGUGGUAGUCAGAGGUGUGAAAAGGAUUAUCCUCCAUUAUGACUACAAUGGUGCCGAUGACUCCAGCGGGGAUAUUGCUUUACUUCAACUCUCGUCCCCUGUGGAUUUCACCAACAAUAUCCUCCCUGUUUGUCUGCCAGAGUCAUCUGCAGAAUUCUAUGCAAACACCAAUUGCUGGGUGACAGGAUGGGGAAAUACACAAACUGAUGUGCCAUUAGAGGACCCAGUGACCCUCCAGCAAGUGAACCUGCCUCUCAUUAAACGAGAAACCUGCAACAGUUAUUUUAAUAAGGUUACAGUCCAAGGCCUGAGCAGGAAUCCCGUGAAGGCUGAUAUGUUCUGUGCUGGUUAUGAAAUGGGUGGGAAGGAUUCCUGCCAGGGUGACUCUGGAGGACCUUUGGUUUGCAAAGUACAAGGAAGCUGGUUCCAGGCUGGAAUUGUGAGCUGGGGAGUAGGCUGUGCCCUGCAAAACUUCCCCGGUGUCUACACAUCAGUGCCUUACUAUGCCAAGUGGAUCAAUGCUGGUUUGGAGGGCAGGGAUCCAAAUAGUGGGUCACACAAUGCUCCCCUUCUGGCAAUCCUCGUGUUUCCUCUCCUGUUGACCCUCAUGUGA